AUGUGAUCAAUUAAAUUAUCCAAAACCAUUUAUUGUCAGUUUAACUGAUUUCUUUAUUUAACUGUCAAUGUGUUUAAUCUUGACUAAUCAUCAAACCGAUAAACCCUCUAAUGUCCUGGUACUAUUAACUUUAAGAUAUUUACAGACAACCAAAUAUUUAAAACUAUAAGGUGAACUUCAUUUUUAAUUCAUCAAAACACUUGAUCAGCUUUCAUAUUCAAAGGCGGAAAAAGAGUUAAGUUUAGGGUUCCACUACCACCACCAAGGAUCAUUGCGUUCAUACUUUAUCAUCAUAAUCAUCACUACCAUCAUCAUAACCAUGCUAAUCUACUCCAUUCUUAGCUGAGUUAUAUUAUCAAUGGUUAUCUAACUGGUUCGACCUUUUCGGAAGCCUACUUCCUUUCUUUUAUUGAAAGUUAUUUGUAUCAAUUUUUCAUUGAAACUUAUCCUAAUUAGCAUCUUGGUUAUGGAAAUUCAAAGAAGCUGAUUGAUUUUAAGAGGGUGGAGAUGGUGCUCGAAAAGUGGGAGGAGAGGCUUUUGGUAGUGACAAUAUUGUCGAUCAGUUAAGAUGACAAUUUAAAACUAUUAUCACCUUUAUCAUUAGCACUAUUGUCUCCUCCUUAUGGACACUUGUUUGUCUAUUGGAUCAUAAUUAUAUGGUGUUAUUGGAACCUUUUAAUUUGAUGAUAAUUUCCUACGUCCAGCCUCAGAAUUGUAGUGACAAAACUGAGAGUCGUAAAUGAAUUUAAGCCAGUCGAAAAAGUUUCAACUAACAUUCAACAUUCAAUCAUUACAACUUAGUGUAAACAAACAAGUAAACAAACAAACAAAAAACAAUGUCUAAGGCUAUCUUCUUACUCGCUUCCCUCCUCGUCUUGGUUAUCGCUGUCAGCGCCAAUGGAAAAUACCCUCAACACGGAGGACACAGUAACACCUACAGAAAACAGGAUGCUUGGGGUAACUACAAAUUCGGUUAUGACAUUGUUGACCCAAAAGGAGCCAAAAACUCACGACAUGAAGAAGGUGAUGCUUGGGGUAACAAGCACGGCGAAUACAGCUUGAAAGAUGUCGAUGGUCGUGAAAGACAAGUCCAAUACAUCGCUGACAAGGCUGGUUUCCGUGCAAAGAUCAAGACCAACGAACCUGGAACUGGAUCUAUUGAUGCUGCUGACGCUAUCUACAAUGGCCCAGACCCACAUGGACACAGCCACACUCAUGUUCCAUCCGGAUGGGAACCCCACCAUGGAUCUCACGGUCAUCACGGUGUCCACCAUUAAAUUAUUAAUAAAUUUACCUUACCUUAACAGGUAAAAUUAUACAUAUACAUUACAUUAAUAUUGAAACAUCAUCAUUUGUAACAUCACUAUCACGAUCUUAUGAUAAUUUAUGUGACGAGCCAAUAAAAACUGUGUCUCUAAACGAUAAAAUCA